AUGACUUCUGAAAUAAUUUCUCAAAUUGAAACCUUUUUUCUUAAUGUAGAAAAUUUAAUCGAACUUAAACUAAAAAAUCAUAUUCAGAAUCAGUCCGAGAUUGAAGAAAAGUUUAAUGAAGGAAAAUGUUUAAUUGAUAAAUUGGAAGGAAUCAGUGAUGAACAAUAUGGUUUAUUUAGGCAUAUGUAUCAUAUAACUUAUGCUAGCUAUUUAAAAACAAUCGGUGAAAUAGACAAUGCUAAUUUACAAGAAAGGUUAGCAAAAAAAUAUGAAGAAUAUACGAAAAAAUCUGAAAGAAUUGAUGCUUACGAAACAGAAACAGUUUUAUUUGCGGAUCUCUCCUCAAAUACUAAUGAUCAAGAUUUAAGUCUUGAUGAAAUCUCUAUACAAAAAGCUGCAAAUGAACAAUUAGAAAUCAUUCAAAGCAUCCUAGAGGAUAAGUUCAUAGAAACAAUUAAAAGCCAUUUCAAAAUAUUAACUAAGAAUCCCAAAAUAUUUGAGGACUAUCAAGAAAUUAUAAAUUGUGAAGCCAACGUGCAUAAGCUAGCCAACGGUAUAAUUGAUGAGGCGUUAAUACGUUUGGAUGAGUUUCGAGUUUCAAAAUCGCAAAAUUCAACUAUUAAUAUAGACGAAAAAAAAUCCGAACAAUUAAUUAAUGCUUUGAACCUUUUAAAAUCAUUAGCUAGUGAAGCAGCUUAUUUAAAGAGAAUAUCCUUUAUACUAUAUUCAUUGAAUUCUUCAGAUAAAAUAAAAAUCUUAUUUAGCAAUGUUAUAUUUACAAACGAAGGAAUUAAUAAACGCGCUAAGGAACUCUAUUUGCAUUUCUAUCCUGAUAGAGCCAAAUAUCCUAAUACUCCAAAUUGGCUUCGAGACGAACAUAAAUGUUUAGGCGUUGAACUAUUUAGAUAUAUUAUAGAAUUUAAAGAGAAUUUGUUGGCUGACUUGGAAAAUGUCUCAAAAAACGAAGGUCGCUUGAUCUUUCAUGAAAAAAAGGCGAACGAACUUUGGAAAAGAGCGAUUGAUUACAGAAAUGCAGCUAAAAAUAAAUGGGAUAAAUUAAGCGUAUUUAAAAAAGAAGAUAUCGAUGAAUUUAACCCAAAUGAGUUAAAGGAUUUUAGCGUGGCCACUGGAAUUUUGGCAUAUCAGGAAUAUAGAGCAGCUUGCCACAUAGCAGAUAAGAUCAAGCAGCUACAAAAACAAGUAAAGUUAAGAGGAUAUAUGGCAUUAUGCUUACAUAUCUCUAAUAAACCGUUAGAAUCACAAUUAUAUGCUUUAACGGCAAUUUAUUUGCAGUUUCUGAAUUCUUACAAGAUCACAUCACAUGAACUGGAUGAUGCAAAAAGAAUAUUUGAUACAGUUAAAAACGGCAAUUCUAAUGAAAAUUCUCACAAGUUAUAUACUGAGGGUAAACUAAAGGGUAAAUUAGAUAAUGCACUAGUAAAAAAAACAGAUAAUCAUGAGAUUUCCUAUAUUGAAGAGAAGAAAGAGCAAAAUUCAAUUAGAAAUGAUAUAGCAAAAAUAUGCACUGAAUUAAUGCUCAAACCAGACCGCAGUCUAGUUCGUUAUAAAGCAUCUGAAGAAGAAAUCUUGAAAGCCAAAAAGCAUGCUUUCAAGCAUAAAGCUGCAGGAACAAUUACUUUAUGUCUUACUAGUGUUUCUGUUUGCCAAUAUGCCGUUUCAAUCGGAACUUACGCAGUAGUUAGUAAUCCAGUUAAUAUACUACUAGUUGGCAUAGCAAUACAUAGCGGCAUAGCCAUGUUGAAUAAAGGUAUAAAAUUGUUAAAAGAGCCAGCAAUUCGUGAAAAGCUCAACGAAAUUAUGGAUACAGCUUUAAAAGCUUAUGAUGAAAGAGAAUAUCAAAAUUUUUUCGUUGAACUUUCUAAAGAAUAUGAAAAAGGAAUUAGUCUUAUAAAAUUAGAAAAAGAUGAUGAUGUUAUUAUUCCUAAAGAUAUAAUUAAAACACUUAUAAGUCAUGGUUUUAGAUCGGAUGGCAUAGCUUAUCUUUUAAUUUUAAUAGGAGAAGUUUUGA